UUAUGUCACGCGCGUAAUACUACUCGUAUCUUUGCAGCUCAUCAUGAAUAUUCAUGAUGCGUAUACCUCUGAACCAAUCGGGAGGCAGGAUUUUACCCUCAUAGGUAAACCUGUUUGAGAAGAAAAAAAUUCGCGACCGGGCUACUCCUUUCGUAUAAAAUACAAUUUUGUCUCACCAGCGAUUCAUUAAAGACACUGACAGGCUCGCAUCAAAAGGCCCAUAUGUCCCGUAUAUAUGGGUUUUCAGCGAUCGAAUAGCAUCAUGUCUGAUCACGGGGAACAAGGAUGGACAAGUACUAUAAAGACUCACCCUUGGACAACCAAUUUCCUCAUCGUGAAGAUGAUUGUUUUCUGCAACAGGAUCUGUGGAAUUGCCUGUGAUGGAGGAAGGACGCCCUCGAGCAUGGGGGCUAUACUAAAGCUAGUUGCAGCCAUCGCUGUGGUAGUGAUUGGUGUUCAAACAGUCAGAGUAUCAGGUGAAGUAUGUCCUCAUGUGACCAUAAUAUGUCCCUUAACCACUCUGGAGAGCGGUGAGACUGUACAGUUCAUCCCGAAACUCAUGCAACCCGGUCAAAAGUGGUUAAUAUCCGGCCUCCCAGCAAACCUCCGGAUUCCUGAUGGUGUACGGCGUUAUUAUUGCACAGAACCAGCCUGCCGCUCAAACCCUUGUUUUAAUGGAGGCAAUUGCAAGGAGACGGACGCAGGAUUUACUUGUCUCUGUUUAGGUGGCUACCGUGGUGAAAGAUGUGCAGAUAUAACCAUCUACUCGUUAAAGCUUCUUGGUGAAAAGGUAAAUGAAGGAACACUUUCUUUAGCGUCCCGCUCCAGUCCUAACACGUACGUGCUGGUACAUCAAGAUCAUUGGAACAGGAAAUUAUCCCAAUUGGCAUGUCAGUAUCUAGGGUUUGAAGGAGUAUUUGCGACGUUGAGCGGUCCGCUGUACGAGUCCUCGUCCGUCGAUGCUCAAGCUGAAGCCGAAUCGGUGAUCUGCCCUCCUAAUGCCACAAACAUCACAGACUGUUGGUACAGUGAGACUAGAGUGGGACGGAUAAACGAGAGUGAAAUUAUUUCCAUUGUGUGUUGCCCCGUGAACCAGUGUAAUAUAACUGGUCAUCCACUCGGCCUUGAAAGUGGUGCUCUUCCCGAUUCUGCAUUAUCUACAUCAUCCUGCAACUCGUCGCUCGUCUGCAGCAGUUUUGGCCGCCUGAACUCUGUGAGAGCCUGGCUCCCGGCAAUUUCCGACCAAUACAGUUGGAUACAGGUCCAUUUUGAGUCAAGUUAUAUCGUAACGGCCAUAACGACUCAGGGUUUAAAUGACGAUGAUCAAUGGGUGACGUCAUACACCUUUUCGUCUAGUUUGGACACCAUGACUUGGACUGAUUAUUUGAAUGUAUACUCUGGAUCAGUUGAGAUAUUUCCGGGAAAUUAUGACCGUGGUUAUGUGACUCACACGCUUGCUAGGCCGGUAGUUGGACGCUCUUUCCGGAUCCAUCCAAAGACCAAUUAUGAUGAUUGCGUUUCUUUGAGGAUGGAACUAUAUGGGUAUGGACCUCUAACUGAUGCCAUAGCGUCGCUGAACCUCGAUGCGGAAUUUGGUUGUAAUCCUCCUGUCCUAGGUGAGGGGCUUGGUGUGGAAGAUGGCCGUAUACCAGACUCUAAUCUGACCGCGUCAUCGUAUUUGGGUGCUAAGUUUAAAGCUUACGACGGAAGGCUGAAUGCCGUUGCCGGCCAAGGAAACUACGGUGUAUGGGCCGCCGACCAUUCAGACAACGAUAAGUGGGUUAAGGUCGAGCUCAGCGAGGAUACUUUGGUAACUGGUGUUAUCACACAGGGGCGUGACUCAAGUGACCGAUGGGUUACGUCAUUCCAAUUCUCCUACUCAAGAGACGAUAGAAAUUGGACCUUUGCUCUGGAAGAGCAUUGCGGGGUACGAAAAACUUAUGCAGGAAAUUUUGAUUCUAACACACAUGUGACCACACUGUUUCCUGAGCCAGUAACCGCACGGUACGUCAGGUUUCAUCCUAAAACAUUUCGUUUUCGGACGAGUAUGAGAUUCGAAGUACUUGGUAUCAACACUUGAAGAAUAACGAGUUAUCAUUAAAUUGAUUUAUUGUUUUAUUAAAUCUUUUUUAUUCAUUUAGCGAGUUAUCAUUAAACUGAUUUAUU